CGGUCUGCAGAAACACAUGUGACUGGUGACGGGGAGAAGGGGGCGGCGGCGGUGUGUGUUGAGAGAUCAGCGGGGCGGGUUGAACCCAGGAUCCGCGUCUGCCGCGGGACCUCUGCAGGAAGUCGGGAACGCUCCGAAGGCUUUCACAACACAAGGCGGGUUUUCAGGGCCGCCAUGGAGGAGGUGACGGGCGCUCAGCUGAUCGCCGAGGCGCUCAAAACGCAGAGUGUGGAGUACAUGUUUGGAGUCGUCGGUGUUCCGGUUAUCGAGGUGGCCAUGGCCGCGCAGGCAGCUGGACUCAAGUACGUGGGGAUGCGCAAUGAACAAGCGGCCUGCUAUGCCGCGUCCGCCGUUGGAUACCUGACCGGAAGACCCGGUGCCUGUCUGGUCGUAUCUGGACCUGGUCUCAUCCAUGCACUGGGUGGAAUGGCCAACUCCAACAUGAACUGCUGGCCAUUAGUUGUCAUCGGGGGUUCCUCUGAUCAAAACCAAGAAACAAUGGGAGCCUUUCAAGAGUUUCCUCAGGUUGAAGCAUGUCGUCUGUAUAGUAAGUUUUCUGCAAGACCCAGUGGCCUGGAUGCCAUCCACUCAGUUAUAGAAAAGGCAGUUCGAACAAGCAUGUGUGGUCGUCCAGGCGCCUGUUAUGUGGACAUCUCGGGUGACAUGGUAAAUGCCAAAGUGGACAGGAGCAAAGUCAGAGUUGUGCACUGCUGCCCCCCGCCUCCAGUGAGUCUGGCUGAUCCCACGGCCGUAACGGAGGCCCUCUCUGUCUUGAAAGGGGCUAAAAGGCCCUUAAUCAUUAUUGGCAAAGGAGCGGCCCACGGCCGAGCAGAAGCUGCUGUGAGGGAGCUGGUGGAGACCAGUGGCCUGCCUUUCCUACCCACGCCUAUGGGCAAAGGGGUGCUACCUGACAACCACCCCAACUGUGUGGCGGCUUCUCGCUCAAGAGCUCUGCUGCAGGCUGACGUUGUGGUUCUGCUCGGAGCAAGGUUGAACUGGAUCCUGCACUUCGGUCUCCCACCGAGAUUUGACCCUAACGUGAAAGUCAUUCAGGUUGACCUGUGCGCUGAGGAGAUGGGGAACAACGUGAGGCCCGCCGCUGCUCUCCUGGGCGACAUAAACGCUGUCGUCGGUCAGCUCUUGAGGUACAUCCGAAGAGAUGGCUGGAGCUAUCCGUCAGACACAAAGUGGUGGAGCAUUCUGAAGGAAAAGAUUGCCGCCAACGCACAAAUAUCAAAGGCGCUCGCUCUUCAGUCAUCAGUGCCCAUGAACUACUACAUGGUAUUCCACCAUGUCUCCCAGCUGCUACCUCAGGACUGCAUCAUAGUCAGCGAGGGGGCUAACACUAUGGACGUUGGACGCACUAUGCUGCACAACUACCUCCCUCGACAUAGGUUGGACGCCGGCACAUUUGGUACAAUGGGAGUGGGCCUUGGGUUCGCCAUCGCAGCAGCGGUUGUGGAGAAGGGCCGAGAUAAAUGCCAGAGGGUCGUUUGUGUUGAAGGGGAUAGUGCCUUUGGCUUCUCCGGGAUGGAAGUGGAGACCAUGUGCAGGUAUAACCUACCUGUGAUUAUCAUUGUGGUCAAUAACAACGGUAUAUACAGUGGCGUGGACACCGAGACUUGGAAAGAGAUGGCAAAGACUGGAGAUUUAACCUCUAUAGCGCCGCCGGUGACCCUGCUCCCUGAAGCACGCUACGAUGAGGUCAUGAGGGCGUUUGGUGGACAGGGCUUCCUGGUGAGGACGGUGGAGGAGUUGCGCCGCGCUCUGGAAACCAGCCUGAGUGACUGGGAGAGGCCCAGUCUCCUCAACGUACUGAUUGACCCUGCCUCGGACAGGAAGCAACAGGAGUUCCCAUGGCUCACCCGCUCCAACCUGUAGACUGCUGAGGGUUCGAAGAGGAACACCUGCAAACUGAGAGUGACGGAAGAGUCGUGGCUCCCCUCAUCUAAUCCAGCACCAGAGACUGUCGAACGCCUCUUGUUUCUUGUAAUUGUAAUUAUAAAUAAUUGUAAUUAUAAAUAACUCUAAUUAUAAAAUGUUUUAUUUGUGUUACCUGCACAGUAGUACUAAAUGACAUUUCCUACAUGAUUAAUGCCACAAUUGAAAGAUUUGACAUGUAACACUUGGCUAUUUUUGCUGUAUUUUCUAUCAGGUUCACCAUUCAGCGGCACAUUUAAUCGGAAGGGUCGUUAACUUGUCUUAUGAACGCCAACACUCUUAACACACGUUCAGUACAGGAUGUCCAAACAGUGUAGAGAUAUAAUUUUAUGAUCAGUUUGCGGUUGAAUAAACUCCACUUGUGAGUGCUCCAGUCCUAUUAAUAUUACAAAGAUUCGGGCGUCCGGGUGGUGUGGCGGUCUAUUCCGUUGACUACCAACACGGGGAUCGCCGGUUCGAAUCCCCGUGUUACAUCCGGCUUGGUCGGGUGUCCCUACAGACACAAUUGGCUGUGUCUGCGGGUGGGAAGCCGGAUGUGGGUCUGUGUCCUGGUCGCUGCACUAGCGCCUCUUCUGGUCAGUCGGGGGACUGGGGGGAAUAGCGUGAUCCUCCCACGCGCUACGUCCCCCUGGUGAAACUCCUCACUGUCAGGUGAAAAGAACUGGCUGGCGACUCCACAUGUAUGGGAGGAGGCAUGUGGUAGUCUGCAGCCCUCCCCGGAUCAGCAGAGGGGGUGGAUGGAGCAGCGACCGGGACGGCUCGGAAGAAUGGGGUAAUUGGCCGGAUACAAUUGGGGGAAAAGGGGGGGGGUAUGUAUAUAUUAUAAAGAUUAGUUAUUUACGGACCAGUCAUCACUUUGUGAAAAAACAAAAACUAGAUUGAAAUUCUAAUGGCGGUUGUGUUCCUUUAUGCUAAAGCAUCGUAGCAUCUUGAAGAACUUCAACUGCACCCUUGGAAUAUGUGUAAAACGGCCAUGUUACUGGAUCAUAAAUUCAUUUGUGGAAUAAUGAA